UGGAACGAUAGAGUGCGAUAGAGGUAGCUGGCGCUUCAUAUCACGACGUGUGUGAGAAAAAAAAACGAUAAUUCCACGUUUCUAUAUAUAUUAUCCAUUUAGACGAAGACGCCUAUAGUUGGCCGUGUAUGAAUAACGAAGGACACCAUUAAGAAGAGAAGGUGAAUUGUUUGUUUUUACGCUACGAAGUGUUCAUCCUUUUCCAUUAAUUUGAGCAACCGCGAAAAUAACUGAAACUCUAAAAAACGAGGUACGCGAAAACGUUUAUUUUUUGAAUUAUGGAUAUUAUUGAAAUGCCCUACAUCGCGUAACCAGGCGUUUCGGUGUUAAAGCAUUGUUAUCCUUGUUGCGCGCGUAAUGGCCGUCUUAAGUUUGUUGACGCCGCGGGAUUUGGCUUAAACUAAAGCUUUCCAAACAAGCUAAAUGUCCAAUUUAACUGAACAUUUUUGAUACCUAUCUACUUUUACUAAUUAUCAAAAAAGAAUAUUUUUUAGAAAUUAUUGAAAAGUUUCAUUUUUUUCUUGAAGCAAUUUUCUUGACGACCGGGGGUGUGAUCAAGAAAUUCUGUUUUAAAUUAACGCAACAAGGACCUAGAGAAUCCAUGUUCUUAUCAAAUUUGUUAAUAUAGCUUUUUACUUUUAAAAAUAUUUGGAUUUCUAAGACAACCUCAUCUUCAAAAAAAUUUUAUAUAAAAUUUAUAAUUCAUUUCUUGUCGACAAAUUUUAGACGUUAAGGACUGUCUUUCGAAAGUAGAAAAAUUUACCAAAAUUGUGUCUAUGUAUCCAAAAGUGAAUGAAGUUCUUUCAAAUUUUCUUUGUACACUAGCUUGCACUGGUUAAAUGACUUGAUGUGUAGAAAUAUCGACUGCUUUAUGUCAAUUCAUCUUCAUUAUUUUGUAGAGGAGUUACAUGCAGUUGAUUUAUUCAAACUUGUUGAUGGAGAAUUAGCAUAACGGGACAUUUCUAAUCAUUCAAUGCUUGAUAAUGAACGGAAUCGAAAGAUUUUCUCGUUGAUUUUCAUUGCAUGUUGUGUAAUUGCGCAGGAUCAAAGCCAUUACAUCAAUGGCCCUAGAAUCGAAUGGUAACAACGUGGUGUGGUUAAGCGCAACCUGUCCUGAUAAUAUACAGCAGCACACCGUCAAAAAAGAUCCCUUGCCAAUUGAAGCGACAGAAGAUAAAGAUCUACUCCAACAGCAUAGAUAUCAGUGUGAUUUAACAAAAAUCACAAAUCAGGAAAGUCAACAGGUCGAGCAGCCUGUCAAGUGUUCCAUGUUUACUCAAACAGAACAGACUAGUAGUUUCACGCAGACGGAACAGAGUAACCCAAGUUACACUGAUCAACGUCAGCCACAACAACAACAACAACAACAACAACAACAACAAGCAGCUAUGUUUGAUCCUCAGCAGAUUCAGCAACAGGCUUCCCAAAGCCAGCAAACCCAACAGCAGCAGUCUCAGCAGAUGUAUGUUACUUCUGAAAAAAAGGAGGAUAAAAAUCAACAACAAAGCACUACAACUGAAUUCCCAUUUUUCUAUAAUGUCAAUAUGUUACAAAAAGUACAGACAAAUGCUGUGAGUACGAUCGGAGCUAUUACAACUGAUGAUAAAGGUUGCUAUCGUUUUGAUGUGCAGCCAGUGGGCUAUAAUAAUUUGUUGAAUCAAAUGAGCAUAGUAGCUGCGACCACGAAUGCAACAUUUAAGUGUGACAUUUGUGGCUCAGUUUUUGGUCAUAUGAGUCUUUUGAAUCAUCACAAAAAGAGCCACAACCCUACACCAAGCAAUAUACAACAGCAACCGCAAGUUGUUCAAACACCAACAACUGUUGCAGUGGCAACAACACCCGAACGACCGUACACUUGUGACGUUUGUGGUGCUUGUUUCGCAUUACCUGGUGAAUUAAAAAGUCAUAAAACCAAUAUGCAUCAAAAACUCAAGGUACAAAAUUGUGAAGAAUGUGGCAGUGAAGAUCCAUGCGAGCAUCACCCUACUAAAGUUAAAAAAACAGCUAUCAAACCUGGCCAUCAUCCAGUGAAACGAAGAGGUGUGACAAGUGUAACCAAGUGCCACAAAUGCAAUGGAACUGGGAUUAUAUUUAUUGGUAAAGACGAUGAAAAACUAGAUUCUGGAAUCAGUUCUCUUGCCAAGUGUGGCGGCUGCAAGGCAACAGGCCGAAUCACCAUAGGAAGUGGUAAGCAAAACCAAAACCAGCCAGAAAAGCCAUUCCACUGUAAUGUAUGUGAUGGAACAUUUUCACGCUACUCAUCACUUUGGUCUCAUAAAAGACUUCAUUCUGGAGAUAAACCGUUCAAAUGCGAAGUCUGUGGUUUGGCCUUUGCGAAAGCUGCUUAUUUGAAGAACCAUGGGCGUGUACAUACUGGUGAAAAACCAUUCAAGUGUGCUGUGUGUGGUAUGCAAUUCUCUCAAAGUCCACACUUAAAAAAUCAUGAGCGUAUUCACUCUGGGGAACGUCCUUAUCAAUGUGAAGUGUGCGAAAAAACAUUUGCCCGACAUUCUACCCUGUGGAACCAUCGCCGGAUUCAUACAGGUGAAAAACCUUACCGGUGUAACACAUGUGGAUCGGCAUUUAAUCAAGCGACGCAUUUGAAGAAUCAUGCUAAAGUUCAUACUGGAGAAAAGCCUCACAGAUGUGACAUAUGCGAAAUAGGUUUUUCUGAUCGUUUCGCUUUGAAACGUCAUCGUGCAAUUCAUGAAAAAUAUGGGCAAACCGCACGCAACCAGAGCACUAACAGUGCAAGCAAUUCACAGCAGCCAAAUGUGAAUAAUCCACAACAACAACAACAACAACAACAACAACAACAACAACAACAACAACAACAACAACAACAACAGCAACAACAGCAACAACAACAACAACAACAACAACAACAACAACAACAACAACAACAACCUCAGACUCAACCUGGGCAGCAAGUAGUUGUUGUUAAUGCAGCAACUCCUGUCAGUGUUAGUCAGGCUCAAGGUCAAACGGUUAUGCUUGACGAAGUUUACAAAUGCCAAGUGGCUUUUCCAGAGCCUAAAUGAUUUAAGAUAUGGCAAAAGUGCCUGUCGUAUGUGCUAAGCUAAAAUGGAUUCAUGCCCUUUCAAUUUUAAAAAUUAUUAUAAAUAUUUCAUUCGUGUGGAUGAUGAAUUUUACGCAAUUCACUUUAAGACUUGACUCUAUUUACAAUUGUUUGAUGCCUGCAUUUUUAGAAUGUACUUUACACUUGGGAACAUCAAUUUUACCGUUGUCAAAUGCCAGAUGUCAUGACAAGUUAUGGCUAUACAAAGAAAUACCUAGAGUACUAUCUACUCACCAGUGAGGGUGCAAUUAAAAAAAAAUUAAUAAAGCAUAAUAAUAAAGUGAGUUUCAGUUACAUUAAGCGAUAACAAUAUAGAAAACUGAUGGGUAAAUACGAAACAAAUGAUCUGUUUCACAUUUUGAUUUCAAAUAAGAUUACUUUGUUUUACUCUGUAAUCAAUAUUAGUUAUCUGCAACACAAAAAGAGUUUUUCAAAGCAAAUAUUUCAACACAGAAUAAAAACUUGAAUAUUUAAUUUUAAGAUAAAUAUUUUUUAAUUUUGUUCUUUGUUGUUUUUAAAUUACAGUUAAGUGAUUUCAGUAUAGCCAUUAGUUAAUUAGAUUUUUCACAUUUUUUCCUUAAAAAGAAAAAAAAAGAUGAUGUACUCAUUGUGAGCUGGUAUGUUUUGCAGCGACUGAGUUGUAGUUUUUGAUAGAAAAAAAAUUAGUUACAUUGAUCAAUGUAUUAAAGAGAUUGAAAAUUAUUGAAAAAAAACUACUGAGUCUUGGAAACAUAAUAAAAAUCAAAUGAAAUAAUGUUUAAGAUAAUUUAAUAAUACUAGGCAUUAAUAUUAAAUAGCAUAAAUGCCGUAACUGUUUAUCUUCAAUUUUUAUUUGCUUUUGUGCAAGUGAGGCUUCUGAUAAUUGUUAAGUUAUGGUCACUCCAAGUUGUAUAGCACGUAUACUUUUAUAUAUUAAUAUUAGAUAUUUUUAAAAAAAUUUACUAACGGUUUUUUUUCAUUUCUCAACUGAAUAUUAACAAUAUUCAUUUUUAUUUGUUUUUAUGUUUUCAUAAAUAUUGUGAGUUGCAACGAUUAAAGUUAUUGAUUUGAUUUGACUAUAUUUGGUUGACUUAAUCAUGAAAACAAUAUUUUCGAAUUAUUCUUUUUUGAAUAAAUACCAUCAUUAUGCAAACAUUUAUUUGAAUUCAAAAAUUAGUAGAACAAUCAAUCGUUGCAAUGUAAUUUUUAGUUUGAAAAAAAAAACGACAAAUUUUAAUUUUUAUGCCUUUAGUCUUUUUAGAAAAAAAUUUUUUGGAUGUUUCCUUUUUCGUAUAAUAGAUAUUCAAACAGCUCCCAACACAUUUUUCAUAUCAUAGUCGAUAUAAACUAACGAUGGAAACGAUGACUGUCAAUGUGACGUGGUGACUGAUAAUUACAUGGUAAACUUAACCAUCACUCGGCCUAAACAGCAUUUUAUGAAUCACUAUGAUAUUAUACAAUUCCUUUAAAAUAUUUUGCGGUUAAUAAUGAAAUUGAUCGUUUAGCGACUUAUGUCGAAAUUUUAUAGAAAAAAAAACAUUGCUUUCAAUACCGUGUGAGAAACUCCUUGAAAGCCUGAAAGAGCUAAAAUUGAAUUUUCGAGUAGCAGACUGUCGAUAGUGAUUUUUGUGCACAAAACUUUAUUUAAAAUGAAACUUAAAAUGCAGAAAAUAAAAACUUCGGUAUACAUGUAGAUAGAUGUGUUUUAUUUCUUGAUGCUUUUUGGUGGGAAUAUUUUUUCGGAACUUCUUCGUAUUUUAUUUAUGUUUAAACGUUACUGAAAUAUGACCAAGAAAAUUUGUAAAUAUAUACGAUUUACAGAACCCUGGUAGAAGUAUUUUUCCCGAAUUGCUCCGGAUUAUUCCGAAUUGCUCCGGAUUAUUUCGGAAUUGGCUGACUUAAAAAAAAUGCGGAAAAAUACGAGAAAUCCGUAACAAUUCCAAAAUACCUGUGUAAAAUGAAGGAAAAUAAAUGACCAAAAAAUUUUAAUGGGCCAAUUCCCGAGUGAUACGGAGUUUUCCGGACUUUUACGGAGUAUUUCCGGAAUUUUACGGAGAAAUGAUUUCCACCAGGGAAGCCAUAAAUCAUUUCUGAAUGUUAUAAAACGAUAUAUCAAAACAGAUUUUUUAUUUCGUGUAGUAUCACAUUAUGAAAACUACGUAAAAAUUAAAAAAAAAAAAUUUCUACCAAGUUCAGAAUGGAUAGUUAGUAUGUCCAAGCUUAUAGUUUUUCUGAACAAAUAAAAAACAAUUGUAUAAAAUUGUUGACAGGAAUAUUAAUAAAUACCUUUUGUUCUACGUA